UUCCAAUCGCGAACAAAAAUCCUUGACACAUCGCCGCGAUCUUGCCUCUCGCCAUGACCGCGGAACCCGUCGAGAUCGCGAACAUCCGCGACCUGCUGGCCGACGUUUCGGCCGGCUCGCGCAUCAUCGGCGUCGAGACGACCCGUCUGACGGCGCCCGGCGAGAACUACGGCAGCCUCAUGCUGCGGCUGGACGUCCGCCUCGCGGGCGGCGAGCUGCGCCUGGUGGCCAAGAAGCUGCCCACCGAGGAGCUGUUCCAGGAGAGCUUCAACGUGCAGGUGACGUUCAAGAACGAGAUCGCCAUGUACCAGACCGUCGUGCCGCUAUUGCAGAAGUUCCAGCGCGAGAAUGGAGUGGUGGAUGUCAUCGAUUGCUUUCCGAAGUUCUACGGCGCUAGGAUCAAUUUGGAUGGGAGCGAGGUGGUCGAUGAGCAUGCUGUGUUGUUGUUGGAGAACUUGGUAGCUAAUGGUUACAAGAAUAUAAACCGUUUGGAUGGGUUCGAUUUGGCUUCUACAGAGCUAAUCUUGAAAGAUUUAGCGGAAUUCCACGCGGUACCUCUAGCACUGAAGCUCAAGAAACCCGAAGUUUUCGCGGGUUUGAAGCAAUACUGCCACGAUUACGAGUUCCCGCGCGGCUUAGUCAGCAUGUAUUUCGAUUCCACCAAGCGCAUCAUCAAGGAAAACGAACAGUGCGCCCCGCUGAUCGACAAAAUCAACUUUCUAACCGACGUGGAUCGAUCGCCGGUGGUCGAACCGUUCGGUACGCUGGUGCACUGCGACCUGUGGUGCAACAACACGAUGCAGCGCUUCGACGCCGCCGGCGUCGCGGUGCAGAACAAGUUCCUCGACUUCCAGUUCCUGGCCUACGGAUCGCCGGCCAGCGAUUUGUUCUUCUUCCUGUGGACGAGCGUCCGGUGCGCGGUGCUGAAGGAGCACUUCGAGCGCCUCUUGCGCCACUAUCACCAGCACUUCGUCGGCACUUUGGCCAAAUUGAAGUGCGAUGUGGGAGAUUUUGGGUACGAUGCCUUUCUGGAGGAUAUCAAGAGACACUGUCGAUUCGAAGUGGGGCAUUCGAUCAAUUUUAUAUUGUAUGUAGUGCAUAAUGUAGUCACUAAAGAAGAGUUUAAGUUUCCUGAUGAUAUUGAGAAAGUCGCCAGUUCUGUCACGCCUAAAGCCAAGGAAAUUGUUUGGACUAUGUUAUUAGAGUGCGAGAAAAGAAAUUGGUUGUACAAGUGAUUUUAUUAAUAGGUACUUGUAGUAGAUAAGUUAAAUUGUACAACUUGUAUAGUUAUUCCACUAUUUGCACGUAUUAUGCAACACAUUUUGCAUAUGCUGCACAACUACAGUGUGCUAUCUAAGUGAUAUUAAGUGUUAUUAAUCCUUUGUUAAAUAAUAAAAUAAUUAUUUGGCGC